AGCUCCACACUGGUAAGGUAACUGAACAAGGAAGCUCGAGAGCACUGCAUGGUUGUCGUUUGCUCCCUGUGACACACAACAAAAAUCCCAUUUCCAUAUCCCUUCGAAUACAUUGGCUAGAGGAAACAGUAGAAAAGUCCACCGCAGAUUCCAAAGCUUCCCUGAAUUUGAUGUGUUUUUAUGGUACCAGAGUUCCCGUGAAGUUCCAGGAGCAGCUGGAGCAGAGAAAAAACCUGCAAGGACCCGCUAAUAACCUCCGGACACGCAGACCUUGUCAUCAGCCCUCAAGAGAUGACAGAGGCCAUGUUUGGGACAGGGAAUGAUCAGUGGGUCUGUCCCAACGACCGGCAGCUGGCCCUUCGAGCCAAGCUGCAGACAGGCUGGUCGGUGCACACCUUCCGUACAGACCGACAGAGGAAAAGCCAGAUGCUGGAGCAGCAGGAGGUGGAGAUCAUCCUUAGUGUCAUCCGCAGGGCUGAGCAACUUGAGCAGAUUGAACAGCUCCGCAUCGGGAGGCUGGUGGAGCGUCUGGACAACAUGAAGAAGAGUGCGCUGGGGAACGGCCUGUCCCAGUGCCUGCUGUGUGGGGAGGUCCUGGGCCUCCUGGGAAACCCCUCCAUCUUCUGUCAGGACUGCUGCAAGAAAGCAUGCACCAAAUGUGGCAUUGAGACCCAGUGCAGUCAGAAGACAACCCAGUGGCUGUGCAAGAUCUGCAGUGAACACAGAGAGGUGUGGAAGCGCUCUGGAGCCUGGUUCUACAAGGCCCUGCCCAAUUACGUGCGCCCAGGGAAGGAGGGGCAGAGUGGUGCUGCUCUCGGACUGCAAGGGGCCCAGAGAGGAGGGCAGAAGAUGGCCAAGAGUUCCACAGUCAGUCAGACCUACACAUGGGCAUACAGCAAAGUGGUGUCUAGUGGCAGCGAGUCGGACCACAGUGAGGGCAGUGUGGAGAGCAAGGUGUCCGGCCCCGGUCUCCAUGAGGGCAAGCAGCGCACCGACUCAGUGUUCAAUGGGGGGCCGAUCAGGACCCCCACUGGGCUGGGCUGGUGCCCACAUGGCAGCCUGCUGUCAGAGAGCCGCUCCAGCCUAGCCAGCGAGCCUCCCCACAGCAUCGCCGCCCUAGCAGCCCCACCUGAGGACUACGUUACAGACCACAGCCGGCCCUCCCCUAUACCCCCCGUCCUGAUCCGGGCCAGCUCGCUGCGCUCGUCCUCGGCCAGCCACAACUCUGGGGAUGACCCGGCAUGCUCCCACACCGAUGACGACCCAGGCCGGGCCUUUGGCGGUGCUGCCGCCGCCCUGUCACACGCAGCAACCGGCAAGAAGGAGGAGGAGCCGGACAUGGAAGGCUAUGACUCUGAUGACUCAACUACGUUGGGGACCCUGGACUUCAGUUUACUGUAUGACCAGGAGAACAAUGCUCUGCACUGUACCAUCAACAAAGCCAAGCUCCCCAUCCCCAGGUAUAAGAAGGGGCUCAAACCCAUGGACCACAACGGGCUCUCGGAUCCGUAUGUCAAACUGCACCUACUGCCUGGGGCCAGUAAGGCCAAUAAACUUCGCACCAAGACCCUGCGCAACACCCUCAACCCUGUCUGGAGUGAGACCCUGACCUACUACGGCAUCACCGAUGAGGAUAUGGUCCGCAAAACACUCAGGAUUUCAGUGUGUGAUGAGGACAAGUUCCGCCACAAUGAGUUCAUCGGUGAGACGCGCAUCCCCCUCAAGAAACUCAAGCCCAACCAGACCAAGAACUUCUACAACUGCCUGGAGAAACAGCUACCUAUUGACAAGACAGACGACAAGUCCCUGGAGGAACGAGGGCGCAUCAUGAUCUCCCUCAAGUACAGCUCCCAGAAGUCUGGCCUGGUGGUGGGCAUCGUCCGCUGUGCCCACCUCGCCGCCAUGGACGCAAACGGCUUCUCAGACCCCUAUGUCAAAACGUACCUGAAGCCUGAUGAGAACAAAAAGUCAAAACACAAGACUGCUGUCAAGAAGAAGACCCUUAACCCAGAGUUUAACGAGGAGUUCUUCUACGAAAUCAAAUACGCCGACCUCAGCAAGAAAACCCUGGAGGUAACUGUGUGGGAUUACGACAUCGGCAAGUCCAAUGAUUUCAUAGGUGGUGUGUCCCUGGGCAUCAGCGCAAACGGGGAGAGGCUCAAACACUGGUUUGACUGUCUCAAAAACAAGGACAAGAAAAUUGAGCGAUGGCACACACUGACCAAUGAACUUCCUGGUACAACAUUCAAUGACUAAUGGCCCCUCCCCACUACCUACUGUGGACAGAAGUUCAGCCUUGAUCGACUAAUACACACUCCAGCUUUCCCGUUUCCAGAGACGUUUAACAAAUCAAAGCUCUUCUUUUCUGUAUUUCUAUCCUAAGGUUUUGGUCUCAUCUGGUAUCUUCUAUCCCUUUCUGAUAAUGUGCUGUGUCUUUAGGGCUUUGCUGCACAGAACUAGAAUGAGAUGAGAAUCUAUUUCUGUGGUUUGCUGUCCGGCGAUGCAUAUUCACUAGGUUUACUGGCAGCAGUUUAUUGGCAGAUUGUGGGGAGUGUGCACUUUGUUGAAAUGAAAGGAGAAAAGGGUGGAUUAUUUACUUCAGACACUGCUCUAAAAAGUAUAUGUAUUGUUUAAAGUCUAGGAUGCAGCUCCACACACCUCUGCUGUUCCUCUGAAGUUCAUGUUUGCCAGAGAAAGGGGGCUAAAGACCCAAGUAAUGUGUUUUAUAGAGAGCCUACUUUCAGGUCAUUGCAAAUGUCUAAUCCUGUGAUGAAGGGUUUGGGCUAAGGGAGGGAAAUGUGGAAGGGGAGGGGGCAGGGCAUUUUAAUAUGCUAGCUCUAAGUACUGUAUCUCGUUGCUUAUGUGUUUCAGUUGUUUUUUAAGUAGUGUAAAAUGUAUGCCACCCCAGUCAGUAUAUCAGAUGAAUGUAGGGUGCUGUGUGUUAUUGAACUAGUUCAUGCAUAAAACUCAAGGUCUGAUAAAUAUCAGAGUUGCGUUGGAUAGCAUGGGAGGAAGAGAAUUGAACUUCUGCAGCCUAAUGGCAAACUGUUUUUAUGACGUUGCCUGAGGUGGAAUAUUACCAUAAAUCUAUAUUUUUACAUUUC